UUUUGUAUCUCUCUCCCUCACAAACUCGAAAACCCUAGGCCCUAAUUUCACCCAUGUAUUAUCAAUCGGUUAGGGUUUGGAGGAAUGGCGAGUUCUACUACAAGUAAUGUUUACAUUCAUGUAAUUGAGGAUGUUAUUAGCAAGGUCCGUGAGGAGUUUAUGAACAAUGGUGGGCCUGGAGACGCAACCCUCAACGAGCUUCAAGGAUUAUGGGAGACGAAGAUGAUGCACGCUGGGGCGAUAUUGGGUCCGAUAGAGAGGAGUUCAGCUCCCAAAGCGACGCCCGGAGGUCCAAUAACCCCGGUUCAUGACCUUAAUAUGCCUUAUGAAGGCACUGAGGAGUAUGAAACUCCGACAGCAGACAUACUGUUUCCUCCCACUCCAUUGCAGACUCCCUUGCCUGGAACAGCCCAGACACCAUUACCUGGAACAGUGCAGACACCCCUCCCAGGAACUGCCCAAACACCAGUUCCUGGAACAGCUGAUAGCUCAUCAAUGUAUAAUAUUCCUACAGGUGGCACUCCUUUUACACCUAGUGAUUACUCUCCUUUAAAUGAUACUGGUGGUGCACCUGAGAUGAAAGCCGGUCCAGGGAGACCUAGCCCAUUUAUGCAGCCUCCCUCCCCUUGGUUGAAUCAAAGGCCUCCCCUUGAUGUUAAUGUUGCUUAUGUUGAAGGCCGAGAAGAAGGUGAUCGCGGAGCUCCUCAGCAACCCAUGACUCAGGACUUCUUUAUGAAUUCUUCUGGAAAGCGGAAAAGGGAAGAUUUUGCAUCUCAAUAUCAUAAUGGGGGAUACAUACCUCAACAAGAUGGUGCUGCAGAUACAGUAUAUGACAACAUGAAGACUGGUGAAGGCAGCAGUAUUGAGCUUGAGUUGGUCACCCCUGUCCAGGCUGCUUCUUAUAGAAUUCCUCAGUUCGACGGUCCAAUUCCGGACUCUUACGAUGAUGCGCUUUCUACACCCAAUAUCUAUUAUCAAGGGGUGGUCAAUGAAGACUAUAAUAUUGUCAACACACCAGCACCAAAUGAUAUGCAAGCGCCUACUCCUGCUCCUGUCCUUCAGAAUGAUGAAGUUGAUGAUGAUGAUGAUGAGCCCUUGAAUGAAGACGACGACGAUGAUUUGGAUGAUGUGGACCAAGGGGAGGAUCUAAACACAGCACAUCUAGUUCUGGCUCAGUUUGACAAGGUGACGCGUACAAAGAGCAGGUGGAAAUGCAAUCUUAAGGAUGGCAUAAUGCACAUAAAUAACAAAGAUAUUCUUUUCAAUAAGGCAACUGGAGAGUUUGACUUCUGAGGCAGUUGGACGAAAAUCUAAUGUGCCAGUAAGGAGCUCAAAUCGGGGAGUCAAUCUAGCUGAUUACUUAUUUUGUUGAUGGUAUUUCAGUGAAAGUAAAAACUCGAGGAGACUUAAGUUGCCUAAUGCUCUUUGGUGGAUACGUUUUUUGGUUGGCCGGGUGUAUUUCAAGUGUUGUGCGCUUUUGGAACAUCUUGGUUGAUAUUUAAUACCAGUGGAAACUUUCUUUCUCUUGUUUAUGUAAUUUUAGUUGAACUGAGCUCAUGAAACCCAUUUGGGUAAUUCCCAUGACUCUGUGCUCCUUGGAUCAGCCGUGUUAAUAUAAAUUCCUAAUUUGCUUGUUA